CUUUCCAAGGCAGAACUUACAAGUUGAAUUUUCCAUAUCUACAUGUUUACAUGAUGCUCGGCGCCAACGAUACCAUUUAUUGGGUUGAACUUAGCACUAAAGAUGAGGUGUUGGGCGAUGAACCAUUUUCCAAAAUCGUUCGACUUGUUGAACGAAGUGAAGAUAAACUGAAUUUUAGAGAUGAUUUCAACGAACACCAGCUUUCACUUUCAACAGGCGAACUCAAACGGACACCUUAUGAAACAGAUUGGGAUUUGGAAAACGUUUGCUUCGUAAGAAGCAAUAUUGAUUCAAAUACAUUUGAAUAUGUAAUUUCCUCAAGAAAUAAUUCGAGAAAAGAAAAAAGUAUAACAAAGAACGAGACAUUUGAACCCAAUGUGCAGCACGUGACAUUGUUGGAUGAUCUCCGCUACUAUGGCGUUUAUGAAGUUAGGUUCACUGACGAAGAACUUCAUUCCAACGCAACAUUUUGCAAAGGCAUUUCCAAAAUCGUCAAAAUCAUUUAUUACAGAAUCGUACAAAUGCCCAUUUCCACAAAUGAAAUAAAUUCCAACCUUUUGAAGUCUUUGGUGGGCUAGACUUGGAGAUUGAACUUAAAAUGGAUUUUGAUUAAAGAAAAGUUGAUUUUAAACAAAAAAAUUCCAAAGGUUGCCCUUGCUUGAGCAUCUAUAUCUUUGAUUUUAACUAUUGAUUUGCUGAAGAAUGGAUAUAAAAGCUCUUAGAUAUCCAAAAUCAUCUAACGGCCUUCGAUUCCGUUAUUGCAUUGCCUCCAGAAACCCAAAUUAUAUCUUUAAUAAUUAAAAUAG